AUGAAAAAGCUGUUGGCUCCGACGAGCAUCUUCAUCUCGGACUACAUCGAGAAGCCUCCCUUACCAGUAUCUAAAUCACCAGUUCCAGUAGCUGAAACACCGCCGGAAGUUAAGGUUAUAGAAUUACACCAUUUCCAGGAAAAGGAACGCAUCAAAGCUGAAGAGAUCACAUGUGAACUGCAGCCCAGUCCAACUCCUCCGAAAAAAGCUGUCUAUAAUACAGUAGUUAUUGCUGUAGUGCAAUUUUUGCAGAUAUGCGAACCGGGGAGGAUUUCUCGCAGCUUCUUGAGUCUGUUCGAUCCCGACUCCAAGCGUCCACCGUCCAAGUGCUCGCUGAACUUGAAGAGGUUGGUUUAUAAAAACUUACAAUGUCUGCUCUGCAUGCUCAGCAGGUCAAGUGGUUCAUAAAC